UGGAUUGUGGGUGUCCCAAAUCCCAAUAAUGAAAAGAAAACAAUUGGUGUGGUGUGCCGCUUGGCGCUCUUGCCGCCCUGUGUUUCAUGUUUCAAGUUUCAACUUUCAAGCCGCUGAAAUAAAAAGAAAGAAAUGAACAAACAUUACUAGCACAUGCGUCAUCCUCGCCUCCACAGCAGGCAUUAUCUUUGAGUGAGUGAAUGAGUCAGUGAAUUCUGAAUAAGCUUAGAUUUUUCAAAGAACCAACCUGGUUAUGGAUUCUGCAGUUCUUGAUGGUAUCAUCAAUAAGCUGCUUGAAGUUAGAGGGAAACCUGGGAAGCAAGUGCAGCUCUCUGAGCCACAGAUGAGGAUGCUGUGUGUUCUCUCCAAAGAAAUCUUCUUGAAGCAGCCUAAUCUCCUGGAGCUCGAAGCUCCUGUCAAGAUCUGCGGAGAUAUUCAUGGUCAAUAUUCUGAUCUUCUGAGGCUUUUUGAAUAUGGUGGACUACCUCCUCGCUCCAAUUACUUAUUCUUGGGGGAUUAUGUAGAUCGUGGAAAACAAAGCCUGGAAACAAUAUGCCUUCUCCUUGCUUAUAAAAUAAGAUAUCCAGAAAAUUUUUUCCUUCUGAGGGGCAACCAUGAAUGUGCUUCUGUAAACCGUAUCUAUGGAUUUUAUGAUGAGUGUAAACGAAGAUUUAAUGUCAAACUCUGGAAACUAUUCACAGAUUGUUUCAACUGCUUACCUGUGGCAGCUCUCAUUGAUGAAAGGAUACUCUGCAUGCAUGGGGGACUUUCUCCUGACUUGCAUAAUUUGGAUGACAUAAGGAGUUUGCAGCGGCCUGCUGAUGUUCCAGAAAGUGGUUUGCUAUGUGAUCUCCUCUGGUCUGAUCCUAGUAGAGAUGGUGAAGGGUGGGGGCCGAAUGAUAGGGGGGUUUCCUAUACCUUUUGUGCUGAUACAGUGGCAGAAUUCCUUCUGAAGCAAGAUCUUGACUUAAUUUGUCGGGCUCACCAGGUUGUGGAAGAUGGAUAUGAGUUCUUUGCUAAUAGAGGACUCGUAACCAUAUUUUCUGCACCUAAUUAUUGUGGAGAGUUUGACAAUGCUGGUGCCAUGAUGACUGUAGAUGAGACGCUAACGUGUUCUUUCCAGAUUCUAAAGCCUGCAGACAAGAAGCCAAAGUUUGGCAGCUUUAGCUUUGGGACCUCAGCUGCAGCUAAACCUGGUUGUACUCCAACAAAAAGCAAGGGUAUGAGAAACUUGAUCUAAUGGAAAUGUCUUCAGAAGAUAGCUCAGAUUUUUGGUAUUUGAAACAUCGGCAAAGUGGUCAUCCAAGAAAUCCAGAUUCCAUUUCAUGUCAAUACAAGGGAAGAGUGUAAAUUGAUAACUCCCUUAGCCUUAAGCUAAGGAUAAUGCAAAAGAUUUUCCUCUGAAAAUAAAUUUACAAAUCUCUUAAGCUAAAGAUAAUGCAGAAGAUUUUCCUCUGCGAAUGAUACAAAACUAGUUGAAGCAUAGCAAUGAAAGUUCUUUCUUUUUCCUUUUCUCAUUCAGCCCCGCGCACCCCCCCCCCCUCUCUCUCUCUCUCUCUCUCUCUCUCUCUCUCUCUCUCAAGCUUUUCUCCUUGUAAUAUAAUCACAGCUUAAAAAUUGGAAGGGAGCAAUUACCCUUGUAAAUUGAAUAAUCCCAUUGCAUGUAAACGUUGAAAUAUGGUUGAGUUUGUGUUUCUCAUUGAAUAUAUGUGUAGUAAAUUAUUUUGAUCCU